AGGGCUCAGUUUACAAGCUAGAUUUACGACCAAUGGUUGCAUCUGGAAACAACGCGAAUGAUAUUGGAUCGUCCCCUAUACUUAUCCUUAUCAUCGUGGCACUGACGUUGUUCUUCACCUUUGGGGCGUUGAUGGCGUUGAGAGCUCCUGCAGGGAGUAAAUGGCGAGCUAUAAUCUUACCAAAGAUGGGUAUAAUAUUUUGCAGCCUUCUGGUGUGGUUCGUCUUCACUGGCUCGGACGUGUAUACGGUGCUCAUUCUGUGUAUUCCUGUUGCGGGGCCGAUGUUUGCGGCGCUGUGGUUGUGGUAUCGCGAUAGAAGGCAGAAACGACGCAGUAAAAAAGUUGCGGAAAAGUUGGCUCAAGCGGCGCGAGAUGAAUCACUGUUCGUGGAUGUGGAGGAUGGUGAUGGAUUCCGACUGAUUGACCGAUCGCGCGAUUAUCCGCGACCGCCGGGUAGGUCUGGGAGUUAUGAUUCUGAUUGUAGCAGUGAAAUACGUAUGAGGGAGCUUUCGGAUGAUGAUGAUUUCGAUGAUGACAAGAAGGAACGAUUUAUGUCUGUGGACACAGACUAUGAAGAUCCUGAUGAUGGUUCUGAGGUGAGUGCAUCUUCGUCCCCACGAAGCAAGCAAGUUCGGUUUGCGGGUCUGCCAGAACUUAGCAGUAGGAGUGUCAAUGUUGGUGAGGGUGGGGGAGACGAAACGAAGAAGUUGUGGGAAGGUUAUUAUGUGAAGAGAAGACCGUGGGGAAACUACGCGAGCCAACGAGUUAAUUUCACAGUACGUCUUGC